UAGCUGAAGACACAUCUGGACCAGACGUUGCAACGCUACUCCAACGACCGUAACGUUAGUAACGGUCACCUGCCUGCUGCUUUUUAUCUAAAUAUUACUGGGCCGCCAACUAAAUCUAAAUCUCCGCAAGCGAGUUAGAGCAUCUUUUCUUACCUAACUAUGCAUAACAGACGGGUAACGUCUGAUAAGUAUUAACAUUUGUUUAUUUACUAGGUACGACCGCUCCAACGCACUUCUCCAAAUGGCCAGAAGAUGGCGGCGUUGCAAAAGCCAGCAGCAGACGAUGACAGUGCGCGUCAGAGGCAUCCAUGACCAGAGGAGGUGGGAUUUCCCUUCCUCCUUCUCCUCCUCCUCCUCCUCCUCCUCCUCAACAUCAUCCUCCUCCUCCCAGGGAUGUAUCGGCGUGCAGUGCACCUGCUUUAUGUCUUAUUUGGGUCAUCGUCCGCUGAAAUGCUCUGUUUUUACCAGUGUCAUCAAUAGCCACAGGAAAAGGUUCAAACGGCCUGUUCGGUGAGGCCUCGAUUCACUGUGAUUUAGGUUAGAGGAUGUGUUGAUUUUUCUUUCGGGGUGCAGCAGUGAGACAGCAUCUUUGCCGGGUGACACAUCAUAAUCAAUACGAGUGGAAAAGCCCCCGUAGGACACCAUGUCGGACAAAAGUGACCUGAAAGCAGAGCUGGAGCGCAAGAAGCAGCGCCUCGCCCAAAUCAGGGAGGAAAAAAAGAGAAAGGAGGAGGAGAGGAAGAAGAAAGAGGUAAGGAAGAAAUCAGAGAGCCAGCAGAAGAGAGAGAUGACCCCAGAGGAUUCAGACUUAGACCGUAAGCGCAGGGAGACUGAGGCCCUGCUACAGAGCAUUGGCAUUUCACCGGAGCCUCCUCUAGUCCAUUCUUUGCAGCCUUUAAUGUUAGAUUCAUGUUAUUUUCAUUAUUUAGUCCCGACCCCUGUGUCCCCCUCCAAAUCAGUGAGCACGCCCAGUGAGACGGGGAGCCAGGAUUCAGCUGACGGAGGAGCAGCAGGCAGGUCAGGGUUCUCUAAAAACAAGUCCCAAGCACUGAGCUCAAGGACGCUGCAGUGGGACACAGACCCCUCUGUGCUGCAGCUGCAAGCAGAUUCUGAGCUCGGGCGCAGGAUGCAGAGGCUGGGUGCCUCUAAGAUCACACAGGUAGACUUCCUUCCCAAGGAGUUGGUCUCUUACAGCAAGGAGACACAGACGCCGCUCACCGCCCACCUGUCUGAAGAGGAGGAGGAGGAAGAUGAGGAGAUGAUGGAGGUGAAGCCAGGCCCUGAGUCGGAGCAGCAGGAUGAAGACGACAACAGAGAAACCAAAGAAGGCUCGGUGCUGCGGGAGCUGACGGAGGAGGAGAGGCAGCAGAUCCUGCACUCCUCCGAGUUUCAGAGUUUCUUCGACUGCAGCAUCCGGGUGAUGGAGAGAGCUCUGGCUGAAGACAGCAACAUCUUCUUUGACUACAGCGGCCGGGACCUGGAGGACAAAGAGGGAGACUUGGGUAGCGGCUCCAGCCUGUCAUUCAGCAGACUCUUCUAUGAUGAACACUGGUCGAAACAUCGUGUGAUCACCUGCCUUGACUGGUCCCCCCAGUAUCCUGAGUUGCUGGUUGCCUCCUAUAACAAUAAUGAAGAUGCUCCUCACGAACCUGAUGGCGUUGCCCUAGUAUGGAACAUCAAAUUUAAGAAGAACACACCAGAGUACAUCUUUCACUGUCAGUCUCCCGUAGUAUCUGUGGGCUUUGCCAGGUUUCAUCCCAACCUGGUGGUGGGGGGGACUUACUCGGGACAGAUCGUCCUGUGGGACAACCGCAGUCACCGUCGGACCCCAGUCCAAAGGACCCCUCUGUCUGCUGCUGCACACACUCACCCAGUGUACUGCGUGAAUGUGGUCGGAACACAGAACGCCAACAACCUGAUCACUGUGUCUACAGACGGCAGGAUGUGCUCCUGGAGUCUGGACAUGCUCUCCCAGCCGCAGGAGACCAUGGAACUGGUCUACAAUAAAUCCAAACCCGUGGCGGUGACAGGCAUGGCUUUCCCCACGGGAGACGUUAACAACUAUGUGGUCGGGAGCGAGGAGGGCACUGUGUACACGGCAUCCAGACAUGGCAGUAAGGCGGGCAUCUGUGAGAUGUUCGAGGGCCACCAGGGACCGGUGACGGGUAUCAGCUGCCACAGCGCAGUGGGCACUGUCGACUUUUCCCACCUCUUCAUCACAUCCUCCUUCGACUGGACUGUAAAACUUUGGAGCACCAAGCACAACAAGCCUCUGUACUCGUUUGAGGACAACGCCGACUAUGUGUAUGACGUCAUGUGGUCGCCCGUACACCCGGCGAUCUUCGCCGCCGUGGAUGGCAUGGGCCGCUUGGACCUGUGGAACCUCAACAACGACACUGAGGUACCAACUGCCAGUGUAACCAUUGAGGGCGCUUCGGCCCUGAACAGGGUGCGCUGGUCGUCAGGAGGGAAGGAGGUGGCUGUGGGCGACUCAGAAGGCAGAGUCUGGAUCUAUGAUACUGGAGAGCUGUCAGUGACUCACACUGAUGACUGGGGGCGCUUCGCUCGCACCCUGAUGGAGAUCCGUGCUAACCGGGCGGACGGCGAAGAGGAGGGGCCUAUGGAGCUGGCUUCAUAGAAGAGGACUCCAAACAAAGCGGAGGGAAUCAGAGACCUGGUGUGCUUUCAUUGGUGUCACUGUAGCAUGUGAUUCUUCCCCUUUCUGUACACUUCCUGUCUGAUCCAAACAAAACCCGCGCUUUUAUUGUUUACUCUCCUGUAAAUGCAAACAGUCUGUAACUGUUGAUCUUUGAUGAUUUGUCCACCGUUAUUUAUUUGUUUACUGAUUUAAGGUGAUCAACUCGUCCACCUACAGUAUGUACAAAGUGGCAGUCUAAUAGCCUUAUGAAAUUGUGUGUACUGUAACGACGCUUUGCACUACCGUAAAAAUAAAGCAGGGUCCAUAGACUAGUCAUGUAUUGUUUACAAAAUGUCAUGUUCACUUUAUGUUGUGCUUCUUUUCUGUGUAUUAUGCCUGCAUGCAACACAUUCCUGAAAUAUUCCAGAUGCAUAAACAUGGAGCUAUUAUGGUGGCGUUUUCACACGUGGGGCUUUGUGGCUGCUUUGUGUCAGUGUUUCAGGAUGUCAGAAACUGAAUCAAGUAUUUUGUUCUGAACAAGAGCAACAACUGUAUAUUCUUUAAUGAACUGUAACAAUUAUCAAGAGAUAUAUUGUAAUGCAGAGUGGCCGCUGUUAAACCUGCUAUGUUUGCUAUUAAAGCAUAGCUGCUGAA